GUAGGAUCUCGCUCCUUACGCGUAGAUUCGGUUGUUCCAUUUUCAACACCUUUUUUUUUUUCAACGACCAUUCUCGUGAAUUUCCAUCAUGAUUUUACCAUUGGUUAAUUAACAAUAUCAUUCACAACCUCCACGUGGAGAAUAAUUUUGGAAGGAUCUCGCCAUUUUUUUCCGGACAUCUGGCUAGAUUGAGAGGUUUCAGCCCCUUCUAAGGCGUGAAACUGGCCAUUUCUUCCUAGGCUUAGAUUUACUAAUGUACAAUUUACAACCACAUUCUUGCUCCACAAUCUUUUCAUAAUCGUUCAUCUAAUCCACCGUCUCAUUUGAAUCUUACUUCGAAACAAGUAAAAAAUUGGCGUCGAGCAACCAAGAAAUCAAUGUUCAAUGAAGAAUUACGUAAAAAAUACCCACCACUCCAAGUUAAACUGUCAGAUUUUCAAAUUAUUUUUGUUGAUCGAACAACAUGUCCAGAUGAAUUGCAGUUUUUACAAGAAGCAACUGUCAACGCAUCAUGUUUUUCAAUCGAUCAAGAAUCUACGCUACAAUUCAAUCCUGUGACAUAUCAAAAUGAUACCAUCCCAUCAUUAAUACAAGUCCAAAUACUAGAUCAAGGACGAACCUUAGCACCUUAGCAGUUGCAUUAUUUGAAUGUUGUUACCUUCCGUCGCCUAAUUCGUCACAAUUCCCAACAAUUAUACAAAUUUGGGACAAUAUUCUCAAUGAUUCAAAAAUUAUUAGAGGUUGGGACGAUCCAUUCGAAGAAUUGUCAUCAAAACAAAGAGAAGAGAACCCGAAUAUGGAUGGCGAUAAUCAAAAUGAUGAAAUCAUUAUACAUGCACCAUCGUUAGAAUUAGAAGAAAAAAUUGGUAUCAUUAUUAUGAAUUAUAGGCCCAUCAAGGGGAUUGCCUACGGAUCAAAUGAGCAUACAGAGUCUGCUAUUACACAACAAAAUGUUGGCUUACUAACUUCACCAAUUGAUCAAACAGAGCAGAUGUGUGAUAAAGAAAUCCAAACUGAUCAAACACCAAUUCUAUCCACGGUGUACGAUUCUGUAAUUCAUUCCUUGUUUCCUAAAUAUUCUUCAACCAUUUGUCUUCCACUUCCAUCUUAUCGUGAUUGUGUAGAUGAGGCAAUACCAUGUACAGAUUCGCCUAUACCUGAAAUAUCUUCGCCAAAGGGUUUAUCAUCCAUACUCUUACCACCACUAACAUCAAAUCGUUUGUCUCCACCUCCUUCAUCAAGAAGAUUAAAUCGUCUAUCAGAUAUUGAUAGUAUCAAAAAUACAUCGAUGCAAACUGAACAAGAAACAGAUACCUCGUGGUGGAUUGAAUCUUCAACAAAUGCCAGAAUUAAAUUUAAAGAAUUAAGAAAACAAAUUCAACUUCUUUCCAAAAAUCGUCAACAAACCGAAGCAAAUCUUCUGCGUGUUUUGGAAGAAUUAACAUUGAUAUGGAAAGUAUUGUAUUGUGAAGAUGAGACAGACGAUGAUGAGAAAGAAAAUUUUUGGCCAUUACCAGCAGCAGGUGAAUGUCUGAAAACACCUAUAAACGGUCGUUUAUUAUCAAAUCAACCUAUGCUUGACGAAAAUGUUGAUGAGUCAGGUCUUAUAACAAGAAUAAAUUCAUUAUGUCAAUUGAUUAUGGAAAGAUUACAAGUUGAGAACAAGUGGCAUAUGGAUUAUGAAAAGGAUAUUUGUGACAAUAAUAAAUUAUGUAACAAUGAUGAUAAUCAAAUAAAGUUAAUACCACUUGAUAUUGAUCAUUACAAUGAUGAAUUAACAAUGUUAAACAAUCAGUUAGAUAAAGAACGAAAAAAGACAUUCAAAUAUGAUAUUCUUCAACAAUUAAAUAACGAAAAAGAGAAAGAAUUGAAGAAAGUAACGGAGGAAUAUGCCAUGUUGUAUUAUGAAUAUGAAGCGGAACAUCCCCGAAAUAUUGAUUUAUUAGAAGCUAAAGAUCGUUUAUGUGAUCAUAUUAAAAUGUCAGACGAAUGA